CGCACAUUCGCGGGGAAAUCAAUAUGGCCGACUGGAACUGGAACCGGUCGGUUUGUGUGUUUUGAUGGUUAAUUUUAAUUGAAUUAUAAUUUGUAAUAGUUAUAGAAUUAUCGUUUAUUCUCGUGGCUGUUUAACAGUGUUGGUGAUAUACUUUAUAAAAUAUGGAAGCUCUUAUACCCGUUAUAAACAAAUUACAAGAUGUGUUCAAUACUGUUGGUGCUGAUGCCAUUCAGUUACCUCAAAUAGUAGUUUUAGGAACGCAGAGUUCCGGCAAAAGCUCUGUUAUAGAGAGUUUGGUUGGACGUUCCUUUUUACCUCGCGGUCCAGGUAUCGUCACCCGACGUCCACUGAUUCUUCAAUUAGUAUACAGCCCGAAAGACAGCAAGGAGCAUCGUUCAGCUGAGGAAGGCACAGUGAAUUUAGAAGAAUGGGGCAAAUUUCUGCAUACAAAAGACAAGAUAUACGGCGACUUCGAUCAGAUUCGUCUGGAAAUCGAGCGCGAGACAGAUCGCAUGGCGGGGAGCAACAAAGGCAUCUGUCCAGAGCCAAUCAAUCUCAAAAUAUAUUCAACCAAAGUUGUCAAUCUUACACUUGUUGAUCUCCCUGGUAUUACAAAGGUUCCAAUAGGUGAUCAACCUGAGGAUAUUGAAAAUCAAAUAAGAAACUUAAUAAUUAAACACAUAGCAAAUCCAAAUUCUAUAAUCCUUGCGGUGACGGCCGCUAACACAGAUAUGGCGACCAGUGAAGCGAUAAAGAUGGCAAAGGAGGUUGAUCCUGAUGGAAGGAGGACAUUGGCUGUUGUUACAAAAUUAGAUCUCAUGGAUGCAGGGACUGACGCGAUUGAUAUUUUGUGCGGGCGUGUGAUCCCCGUCAAGCUGGGCAUCAUCGGCGUCGUCAACCGCUCCCAGCAAGACAUCAUAGAUAACAAGACGAUUUUGGACGCAUUAAAGGAUGAAGCGACGUACCUACAGCGGAAGUACCCCACCAUAGCGACGCGGAACGGUACCCCGUACUUAGCAAAGACCUUAAACAGACUUCUCAUGCACCAUAUAAGGGACUGCCUUCCUGAACUCAAGGUCCGUGUUAACGUAAUGAUAUCACAAUUCCAAUCAUUACUGAACUCUUACGGUGAGGAUGUGUCCGACAAAUCACAGACCCUGUUACAAAUCAUAACGAAGUUCGCAAGCGCGUACUGCUCUACUAUAGAGGGUACAGCCAGGAAUAUUGAAACAACAGAAUUGUGUGGAGGAGCAAGAAUUUGUUAUAUAUUCCAUGAGACAUUUGGAAGGACUUUGGACUCUAUACACCCAUUAGUUGGUUUAACAAGAAUGGACAUUCUGACGGCGAUCCGCAACGCGACGGGGCCGCGGCCGGCGCUCUUCGUGCCCGAGGUCUCCUUCGAGCUGCUCGUCAAGAGGCAGAUCAGGCGGCUGGAGGAUCCCUCGCUGCGCUGCGUCGAAUUGGUGCACGAGGAGAUGCAGCGCAUCGUGCAGCACUGCGGCACGGAGGUGCAGCAGGAGAUGCUGCGCUUCCCGCGCCUGCACCAGCGCAUCGUCGACGUCGUCACGCAGCUGCUGCGCACGCGUCUGCCCGCCACCAACUCCAUGGUUGAAAACUUGGUGGCGAUCGAGCUGGCGUACAUCAACACCAAGCACCCCGACUUCCACCGCGAGGCGGCGCUGGUCUCCGGCCUGCUGAAGAGCACGGACGGGCUCGUGGAGGAGCACAGCCCCGUCUACCGCCACAAGACGCCGCGCCCCGCCUCCACGGUACCCUCCCUCUUCAAACAUGUGCCGGCCAUCACUGACGGUCAAGAAAACAGAUCACCGCCACAAACUGCUAACAGCGAUUCACCCACAGGGGCACAGUUCAAUGGAUCUCCCGAGAACAAAGUGUUGACUCCACAGAAGCCAGUGAAUUUGCUCCCUGAAGUGCCGAGUCAUACAUCGAGGAAACUCUCCGAUAGAGAACAACAUGACUGUGAUGUUAUUGGUGGACGGAGCGAGACCUCACCAAGGCAAAAGAGUAAUGAAACAUUAGAGGGCAUUGUGAUGAUGCAAUUGAACAGUAUGGGUGACCUCGUCGAGAAAUUAAUAAAAUCGUACUUCUAUAUAGUACGUAAAUCGAUACAAGAUUCAGUACCGAAGGCGGUGAUGCACUUCCUAGUGAAUUACGUGAAGGACAAUCUGCAGUCGGAGCUGGUGACGCACCUCUACAAGUCGGACCAGGCGGAGAGCCUCCUCAAUGAGUCCGAGCACAUCGCGCAGCGCAGGAAGGAGGCCGCCGAUAUGCUCAAGGCUCUGCAGCGCGCCGGUCAGAUUAUUAGCGAGAUACGAGAGACUCACAUGUGGUGAUAUUCGGAUGAAGACUAGUCUUUGUAAUUAAUUUGCGCGCACUUCCGCGGGAAACGUGCUAGGCAUUUCUACUUAUACUGCGUUACAGAUAAGUGUUGUUGUUUUAAUCACUCUGCGUUAUAAAUUAUUUGAAAUUUGAACUAGAGUAAUUUAAUUAGAAAUUAUGUAUUGAAGAAAUUUUAGAUUUUUGUAGAACUGGUAUUACCUUACUUCACUAGUAAUUCUUUCUCAAUUUGUUUAUCUGUUUAUUAUGGAAAUGUAUAUUUUUGUUUUUCCUUCAAAGUAAUUCUGCAACAUUAUUCCAUGACAACUUUAUAUCCAACUUUUGUACCAGAUCUUGAUUAAAAUCCGAGUAUUUCAUACAAUAGGAAAAUUUUAAAUAUUUGUGAUGUACGUAGAAUUAGAGUUUUUUUUUUAAUAUUUCAGGAUUUUCUUAUAUGUUCUAAAGGAAAUAAAUAUUUGUACCUUAUUACCGUAUUCCUGAUUGUGAUUACUUGUCCUGCGUUCAUGGAUGGUUUCCAAAUAAAUUUUUAUUUCAACUAGUCUAAAUAUUUUUAUUAAUGUUUAAAUAAAUUGUUACAAGCAUUUUUCGAUGUAGGAAUAUUAAUCACUUUUUUCGGUUUAAAAACAAGUGAGUUUAUUUUGUCUUUGAUGUUCAGUUACCAUUUGUUUAAAGUAAGUUUUUUCUGAUGCGUCAUAGAAAGCAGUGAUAUUAUUUGUAUUACUCCAAAUGUAUGAAAAAUUAAGACACAUAUGUCUUUACUCUAAACACAGGGCUAUGUAGAUUAGUUAUGAUUUUAAAUAGCAAUUUUAGUUAUGUCCGUUGUCGCAAUAAAUUUUAUAGUUCCUUGUAUUUGUAUGCAUGCUUUGAUAUUCAAUAUUGUGUCAGUGUCCCAAAUUAUGAGAAUUUAAAUUGUUUCUGUUUGAAAGAUUUGAAAACGAUGUGAACUCGAUACUUCUAAAGAUAAUUUAAACGAAAGUAUUAAAGAUAUGAGGUUGAAAUAUUAACACAUUUAAUGCCGCAGUUAACCUGGUUAAUCUUAUCCAUAGAUUUGUAACCUAUAGAUAUCUAAUCCAGAACACCAAAGCAAAAUGAAAGAAGGUCCGUUAUUUGGGGUAGAUUUCCCAACUAUUCUCAAAUAACGCGGAAAGUUUAUAGGUUAUAUAUCUAUGUUUAGUGGCAUUUAAUGUGUUAAAUAUUCGAGUUCAGUAUCGUUUUCAUAUGAUAGUAGUCGUGUUAGAGGUAGCGUAAGUAUUCCAGUGUUAGUCAAUGUUUGUUGUUACUCAGCGCUGCCGAACCAAGUGAAUGUUGCAAAACGUAAGAUUGUAUUUAAAAAGUCUGUUAUUUAAAUAGAAAUAUUUGUCACGAAA